AUGAACGUAUCAACUAGCACGAGCGCAAAUAAUACGUCUGCCUCAUACACGCCAUAUUCAGUGCCUUCACGGGUAGAAGGAAUAACAGUGUCUGUCUUUUUCUUGUUGGAAGCGUUUCUGAUUGUCGCGGGAAAUUUUGUCACAAUUGGUCUCUUUGCAAAAGAGAAAAAACUUCGAAAGAAGAGCCUUUUACUGAUUGUAAACAUGGCUUUCGCGGAUUUGAUUUCAGGAGCUGUUUGCUUGCCUUUGUAUGUUUACUUAGUUAUCGGGCCCAUGUAUCGGCUAUGGAAAUGGGAUACAUCAUACAAAACGUUGCGUAUCGGUUGGGCCGUUGUUGAUACCACCUUCGCGCAGGCAUCAUUAAUCUCAGCUGUUUGUAUAGCCUGUGAACGGUUUCACGCCAUUUUUCGGCCGCUGAAACACCGAACUCUAUCACUCAAAGCGUACUUCAUUGUAAUUGUUAUCAUCUGGACGCUGGCUAUGCUUGUUUCCGCGGUGUGCAAUACAGCAAAUUACUUAAUUUCAAACAUAGCAGCUACUUAUGCUUGCAUGUCAUUCCCUUUGCUGUCUCUAUUUAUUGUUUGUCUUUGUAACAUUGGUAUUUACAGAACCUUUCACAAGAGGAAAGUUUCUCCACAGCAGGGAAACAGAGCAUCUCAAACCCAACACUUGACCGUAACCUUGUUGCUCGUGUCCACCGCCUCUUUACUGUCAUGGCUUCCUCUAGUGACUGCAAACUACAUAUUUUAUGUUAAAAACAUUAUCAUACCUAAAAGAGAUUUGAUUUAUAAUAUCAUAAAUAUUCUCAACUAUUCAAACUGUUUUGUAAACUCGGUUGUUUACUCCUUAAGGAUACCUGAGUUCAGACAAUCAUUGGUUUUGUGCUUCACCAGACGCCAAACAGUAAUGAACAGGGGCCAUCAUGAAGGAAGAGAUAACAGGGGGUUUGCUUUAACGCCGGGGAUAGAGCCAUCAGCAAUAUCAAGGAACUCGAGGUAUCUACAGCACGAUUUUGAACUGGAGUCUGUGGACACUAAACUGUGAUCACCCACGUUAUCAUGCACAUCUGACUGCAUGCUGUAAAAAUGUUAAACACUAAAUUUAAGUAGAGCCUGGCGUUUUAAAUUUCAAAUUUUGAAUCUAUUGAUGCUUUUUUUCCUUCUCUGUUUUGAUAGACUCACUUAGUAACUUCGGUUCUUUAACUGAACCAUAAUGUAGUAAAAGUCAUUUGUACAUAACGUCAAGAAUCAUUAAGUCCUUAUUCCUCUAGAAGUCAAAUUCCACAGUAAAUUAGCUUCCUCUGUCUGGUGCAGAAAUUCAUGUAAAGUUCUAAAGAAGUUCAACGAAAAGAUUCGUGAUUUACUUUAUUUUUCCCCCCCUUUUUUCUUCUUCUUUUUUUUCCCUUCGAUACAUACCUUGUAGCAUUUUUGUCAAUAUUCUAUCUUGGUUCAGCUAUUAAACUUAUAGUUUACAUAAAAAAAAACUAAGACAAGUUUAUGUUGUCCAUGAGGUUAAUUUGCGUUUUCUUUCCUCUUUUUUUCUGUAACAAACUAAGACCAAUAUUUUGCAGUGUAAGGAACACCCGUACACGCAAAGCUCACGAAGUAAAGAUAGUAUGGGAAGAUGAUUUUUCAGUCAUUGACCCAGCCCUCUAUGCAAAAAAAACUCCGAGAACUCCCGAUAGGAGACGAACCUAUGGCAUUCUGAUUACUAGUCCAGAUGCUCUACCACUAAGCUACAGGAUAUUCUUCGAAGCUAGAGACACUAAACUAGGUUUAAGUGACAAACAUCCUGCAAUAUUGCUGCAAGGAAGACAGUCCGAGAAAAUUUUUUAAAGGUCUCUCUGGUUUGUUACACAACAACUAUUCAUCUAAUGGGAUCGAGCUUAACUUUUCAUGAUAAACAAUUUUAGGUAAACUCGUCAUACAUUUACCAAGACACUUUUAAUUUUCUUCGGUUUCAUCUAUCCACUCCAGCAAUAUAAAUUAAUUUCUUUAAUUGACCGAAGCGCAAAAAGUGUCCAUUAUCGUUAAGCUUAGAUAUUGUUGUUAUUACGCGCUGAACAUUAAUUUUCAAAUGCAUGCGAAAAAAUUAGAAUGUGUAUAUUUAAAUGGUAACGAAUGAAAGCAGGAAAUAAUUACACUUGCCUUUUGUCAAAAGUCUCAUAAUUUCUCGAACCUUUUGUGAGACUUUAAACGUUUUUUUUCUUAAUUUGCCGAUUAUACCACGUAUUAAUAUCAUGGGUUAUAAUUGCGCUCACAAUCGUGUGGGUUUAUUUAUUUUUCAUCAAUUGCAUAUUGCCAUUUUAUCAUCAAGAAAAGGAUCGGACACGCGAUUAAAACCUGGCUUCAAAGACAUAAACGUUCAAACCGAUUACUCCAUCGUCUUAGUUCAAAAUAAAUUGGCGAAUUUUUGCAGUCUCAAUAAUCAGUAUAGUUGAGUUUGAUCGUCCGGGUGAGCGUAGUCCUGAAUAGGACUGUUGUUGUUGACAGUGACUGACGUUUCGACAGAGUCGAAGUGAGUUGAAUCACGUCAGUUGAUGGUAUUAUACUCUGGUUAUCGCCCUGAUUGGUCAAUUAUGUCGCGAUGAUGUUGCUAGUCUGUCAGUUAAGCCGUGAUGUUAUUUGCUAUGAAGACUCGUAAUGUAAUUGGUGCUUUAUGUUGAACACCUGUACUUACAGUGUAUGUGUGAUCAACAAAACAUAAUUAAUUCACGGGAUAAAUAUAUCUUAAGUUUCUUUGACGCAUCCAGUUACCUUUCAGAAGCUCUGCGACCUACUGUACUCCAGUCACUUAAGAAAGCCGAUUUCUUGACAUUACAACCUCUCCCUUAAAAUGAAGAAUGUAUCAGCUGCUACGAGCUCAAAUAACAUGUCUUCGUCAUACCAUUCACGAGUAGAGGGUAUAGUGCUGUGCAGCGUUUUCCUCCUGGAAGCUGUCUUAAUUUCCGUGGAGAACUUGCUCACAUUUGUAGUCUUCACAUCAGAGAAAACGCUUCGCAAGAAAAGUCAUUUACUUGUAAUAAACAUGGCCUUUGCCGAUACUAUUUUAGGGGCUGUCGCUAUGCCUUUGUAUGUUUUCUUAUGGAUUGGGCCCACUUUUUGGUUAUGGAAUUAUAA